AUUCUCCUUAAUUUGUGCAAUUUGUGCAAUCGUCGUGUCCGUGUGAUUGAUUCCCUCUUUCACGACUUCGUCAUUUCGUUAUUUUGCAUUGAAAUUUAGGGAAUUUCACAACAUUUCAUUAGUUUUAUUUCGCGACACCACACCGUGUUCACGUUUGUGCUUUCGUGAGCACCAGUUUUGUACAUAUAGUGUCAGUAGUGUUUAGGAGCCCAAAUCUAGCCGCAGAACCAGAAUCAUGUCUUCUCCGUGGGGAACUGUCGCAGCGGUCGAGGCCGUCAACUUGCAGGAGAUCAUGUCCGAGGAAUUCGCCCGGGGUUUGCAGAAAGAGGAAGGAGGUAUGGUUCUGCCGGGAGCGGAUAUAAAAGAUAGGGUGGAAGACAAACGGGAGAUAGCCCAACCGAAGGUAGUUGUGAAACCGGAACAUUUCGAACCAGUAGCUGGCUGUUCCAGGGCGAUAGAUCCGGGAGUGUUGGAAGAGAGUGGCGGAGCAGCAGGUGGACCUGUAGAGGAAACCAUUCCGGAGGACAUUCUCCGAGCUAUCGAAGAGGCAGAUCAGAAGCAGCUGGACUCGGAUGCGGCGAUUGCAAAGCUGCUUCAGGCUCAGUUCGACAGUGAAUACGAUGACGAGCUGAAGCGAGUGGAAGACCAUCGAAACCGGAAUUCCUGCGUGAAGAUUUCGUUCAAGAACUACCGAAUGGUACCGGAAGAGUUGGUGUACGACGAGGUGCAGGAUAUUCCGGUUGAUCCGAAGGCGGACUGGGAUCGAUUUGAGACGAACGAGAAAGAGCAGAAAUCCAUCCCGAAGGUAGGAUACAAGGUGAACGAGGACGGGGAGAUGGUCACCAAGCACAAUCAGGACAUUUCGGGGAGGAAAAACGCCUGCAAGGUGAUGUCGUUUCCUCCGGAAUUUUCCACCGGAGAUGGCGCUGGGUUCGACAUGAAACUAUCCAACAAGGUGUUCAAUCAGCUGAAGACCCAUUCGAAGAAAGCUACCAAGAAGCAGCACAAAGCCCAGGACCGGAAAGAGAAUAUCGCCACUGCGGAAAUGGGUUUGGAUGAGCCGACACGAAUGAUUCUCUACAAAUGGAUUAACAAUCAGCUGCUAGAGUCGAUCGAUGGUAUCAUCUCGACAGGAAAGGAGGCCGUUAUUCUGCAUGCCGAAACGGAUCCUCAGAAUCCGAACUUGGAAGAAGGCGCUUGCCACCCCAAAGAAGUGGCCAUCAAAAUCUUCAGCACCACGUUGAAUGAGUUCAAGCAACGGGAUCGUUAUAUCAAAGAUGACUUCCGCUUCGCCGGGAGGUUCUCGAAGCAGAAUGCCAAAGUGGUAAUCAACAUGUGGGCCGAAAAGGAGCUUCACAAUCUGAAUAGGAUGAAAAAGUACGGCAUCCGAUGUCCGGAGAUUGUCGCCCUGAAGAAGAACGUCCUGGUGAUGUCCUUCAUCGGGGACAAUAUGGUUCCGGCGCCGAAGCUGAAGGAAGCCAUUCUGAGCGAUGCCCAGCUGAUUUGCGCCUACGAGGAAAUGGUCGAGAUAAUGUACAAACUGUACAACGAAGCCCGGCUGGUGCAUGCCGAUAUGUCCGAGUACAACGUUCUGUGGUACGACGAACAGUGUUGGAUCAUCGAUGUGGCGCAAUCGGUGGAACCGGGCCAUCCGGGGGCUUUGGAGUUUUUGAUGCGGGAUUGCGACAAUAUCAGCACGUUCUUCACCAAACGGGGCGUCAGCGGUGUCAAAAGUAAAGAGGAGCUCUUCUUCCACAUCACUGGUAUGGACCCGUUGACUCACAAUGCCACGAUUCUGGAGCGUAUCCACAUGAAGGGCCAACCGGCUCACAAGGUGAGCGGAAUCGAUGACGACACCCCGGAACACUUCAAACCGGUUGAGUAUCCGUUCGAUUUCGCGUGGAAAGUGGUCAACCACAAGAGCAGUUCCAAGCGGAAAAGUCCGACGACGGUUGGGGACGUUUCACUGCCUCACUGUCAGCCACAAGUCACAGGUUCAACGAUUGGGGUCAGCAAAUUGGAGGACGGUAUGGCGGAGGAAAGGAUAGCAGCGUAGUGCUGUAGAGCGUUGAACUCGAGAGUGGAUGCAGGUAAUAUAUCGGACUUAAUCUAUUUAUUAUAACGGCUAUGGGAACGUUUCUGAACGUCGACUUCUCAAGCAAGAAAGCAGAAUUAAUCGAA